ACCUGGCUGAGGUCACUGGGACCAGCUCUCUGACGCUCAUCCAGAGAGCAGCCUCUGGCAGCCAGCCGCACCACGCCAUGCCACGAAGCCGUUCUGGAUGUCUGACCAGCCUUUUUGUUUUGCUAGUUAUAUCAGCCCUGAAGUGUUAUUUGCUUGUUGCAAAUUAUAGGCCAUCGCUGCUGCUGCCUUACCAUUCUCUGAUGACGCACACACACUUUCCUAUAUAAAUAAUAUUUCCUCCCCACACACAGAAACGAUUUGCUAGGAACAGCCAUCAGAUGAGUAGACCAUUAAAAGAGUACAUUGAAGUUAAUUAAUGAUCACUCAGCCAGGUAAAAUGGGCCAAUGUUUUUUUUUACCUCUCUCUGCUUUUAGCCAAAUUUGUGCUUGAUUGCAAAUGCAUCAUGGGCCGUUACUUAUACAGACUGUGAGUGGUGCGGAGUAGGAGACAAAACGGGAGAUGCGUCUGAGCGUUGCCCUAUUACUGUGUUUGUGGUGUGCCCUGAAUACUGAUGGAAUUGAAAAGAACUUGUGUUGAAAUGAGUUUCUGCCAGCGUGGAGUCUUCUGAUGGUGUUGAAGGUAGUGGGUCUCACUCUGAUGUUCAGCAGUGGAAAUGAUGCUUGUUAUGCCUUUGUACAGUAAGUCUGGGCCAGGGCACGGAUGGUAGGAUGAGUAAUGCUAAUUUGCUCUAAUGUGAGCACAUUUCUCUUCUGUCACUACACACACACACACACGCACACACACAGUGAAAAGUUUUCCGAAGGUCUUGUUAGAGCAGCAAAGCCUCAGUGGAAUAUCAUAGCUCCGUGUGUUGAAAUUUUUAUCAAAAGGAAAUGGCGCGGCACAAUCUUGCUUCCUCUUAACAGGAUCUGUACAGAUGGACUCGUCGGUCCUCGUCAGCGCAGAGGGGAAAGCCUCUCGUCGUGACAUUUUGAGAGCAGCUCUCUUGAACUGAGGCUUGAUCUCUGUGCCUGGCUCAGGACAGAAGUGUGACAGUGAGUCUAAGCCGGUGAUUAAUAAGGUUACCUGUCUGUCAGGGAUGAUUGGCUCUGCUUGCUGUGGGUGUGUGUGUUUGUGAGGAUGAAGUAAAUCUCAACAUACAGCGGCAGUAGGGCCGUCGGAUGCAUACACAGUGAGACAUGCAGAGCUUUUGAAGAGAAAGAGGAUUUGUAGUGAAAUACUGCCUAACAUUUCUGAGUGUUUUAAUUGGUGUUUGUGCCAGUGAACAAGUGUCUGUUCUGCAUGUAGCCUAGGCCUACUAUUAUCAACCUGCUUACAAAGCUGAUCUGUGGCCAAACUUUUUAAACAUCAAAUACACUACAAGGUUUACAUUUUCUGCAUUGCAGGAAAGUUCUGUUGCAACAGGGUGAUCAAAUGAAGAUCCAACAUCUUUAGUUUUCAAAAAGUGCGUUACAUUGUUGUCUGGGCCUAACUCACUACAUUGCCACCAAUGUAGAGCAUCCACCUUUUAAUAAUCUUGUUCUAGAUUGUUAAAUCGAAGCUUACUUUUCUCAGUGUGUAGCUCUGGUUGAGUGUUUACUGGCCAUUCAAUGAGUUUGAGUGUAGGCAUUGCAGCCAGGGCCUGCCUCUCCCUCUGGCCAGGUAACAUGUAGAAAAUGACUUUGUGUGGAAAGUGGAACUUGUGGUGAAAGUGGAGGUGAGGUGACCUCUGGGCCAGUGUGCAUUAUCAGUCCCCCAGGUGUAUUGAUGUCAGCUGUUUGACAAAUAGAUAAGUACAUUAUAAACACAGCCCUGACAUGUGACCUGACCAGGAGAGCUACUACUCAGUACUAUAGCCUAACUAUAGCCCCCACACUGUCCAACUGUUUAAACUUUUACCUAGGCCUUUGAUGUAUUAUCAGUUUGACAAAUAGGCCUAGACUAGAUAGUAGUAGCCUACAUACAUUGCAAAUACUGUGUACCCUGCCCCCAACCCCGAAUACCAAGAAGUUGUAUUUGUAUGUUUAGUUGUUUGUUUCUCAUCACAGUGAUAUUACUUAGCAGGCUGAUUUUAGUAAUUAAUUGAAUUCCAUGCAAUUAGGCUUGCCAUUUGCAUGAACAACGUUUCACUAAUCACAUCCUCCCAUUGAGCUAAUUAUUUCACCGUUGUGAUCCAAAUUUGUGACGUCUGCCGCCUAAAAAGGGAUCAUUUUUAGAGCAUGGACGAUGACUUGGAUUAAUGGCUUAAUCACUGCAUGUGUUUUUCAGUGGAGUAGAAAAGUGUGCGUGCGCACUACCUACAGAUGAAGUCGGAAGUUUACAUACACUUAGGUUGGAGUCAUUAAAACUCGUUUUUCAACCACUCCACAAAUGUCUUGUUAACAAACUAUAGUUUUGGCAAGUCGGUUAGGACAUCUACUUUGUGCAUGACACAACAAUUGUUUACAGACAGAUUAUUUAACUUAUAAUUCACUGUGUCACAAUUCCAGUGGGUCAGAAGUUUACAUACACUAAGUUGACUGUGCCUUUAAACAGCUUGGAAAAUUCCAGGAAAUGAUGUCAUGGCUUUAGAAGCUUCUGAUAGGCUAAUUGACAUCAUUUGAGUCAAUUGGAGGUGUACCUGUGGAUGUAUUUCAAGGCCUACCUUCAAACUCGGUGCCUCUUUGCUUGACAUCAUGGGAAAAUCAAAAGAAAUCAGCCAAAAAUAAUUGUAGACCUCCACAACUCUGGUUCAUCCUUGGGAGCAAUUUCCAAACGCCUGAAGGUACCACGUUCAUCUGUACAAACAAUAGUACGCAAGUAUAAACACCAUGGGACCACGCAGCCGUCAUACCGCUCAGGAAGGAGACGCGCUCUCUCUCCUAGAGAUGAACGUACUUUGGUGCGAAAAGUGCAACUCAAUUCCAGAACAACUGCAAAGGACAUUGUGAAGAUGCUGGAGGAAACAGGUACAAAAGUAUCUAUACACACAGUAAAACGAGUCCUGUAUCGACAUAACCUGAAAGGCCGCUCAGCAAUGAAGAAGCCACUGCUCCAAAACCACCAUAAAAAAGCCAGACUACGGUUUGCAACUGCACAUGGGGACAAAGAUCGUACUUUUUGGAGAAAUGUCCUCUGGUCUGAUGAAACAAAAAUAGAACUGUUUGGCCAUAAUGACCAUCGUUAUGUUUGGAGGAAAAGGGGGGUGGCUUGCAAGCCGAAGAACACCAUCCCAACCGUGAAGCACAGGGGUGGCAGCAUCAUGCUGUGGGGGUGCUUUGCUGCAGGAGGGACUGGUGCCCUUCAGAAAAUAGAUGGCAUCAUGAGGAAGGAAAAUUAGGUGGAUAUAUUGAAGCAACAUCUCAACACAUCAGUCAGGAAGUUAAAGCUUGGUCGCAAAUGGGUCUUCCAAAUGGACAAGACCCCAAGCAUACUUCAAAAGUUGUGGCAAAAUGGCAUAAGGACAACAAAGUCAAGGUAUUGGAGUGGCCAUCACAAAGCCCUGACCUCAAUCCUAUAGACAUUUUGUGGGCAGAACUGAAAAAGUGUGUGCGAGCAAGGAGGCCUACAAACUGACUCAGUUACACCAGCUCUGUCAAGAGAAAUGGGCCAAAAUUCACCCAACUUAUUGUGGGAAGCUUGUGGAAGGCUACCCGAAAAGUUUGACCCAAGUUAAAUAAUUUAAAGGCAAUGCUACCGAAUACUAAUUGAGUGUAUGUAAACUUCUGACCCACUGGGAAUAUGAUGAAAGGAAUAAAAGCUGAAAUAAAUAAUUCUCUACUAUUAUUCUGACAUUUCACAUUCUUAAAAUAAAGUGGUGAUCCUAACUGACCUAAAACAGGGAAUUGUUACUAGGAUUAAAUGUCAGUAAUUGUGAAAAACUGAGUUUAAAUGUAUUUGGCUAAGGUGUAUGUAAACUUCAGACUUCAACUGUACGUGCAAACAAGCAAAUGCGUUGGGAUGAUAUUCUCACAGGGGUACAAGCGUGAAAUUAAAUGUUAUACAAUUCCAUUGUGUAAACUUCGCAGCUCUCAGCAGCACUGAGUUUUGUUAUUUUACUGCCAUGUCUCCACAGCUAAACCCAAAUGAUGGAUUGAAUUGUACCUAGGUCAUCUUUUCUCUGCCAGGAGUUUUAUGUGAGAGAAGGACCGUGUGUGUCUAUUUCAGAGAGGUCCAUUGACUUCUAGUCUGACUCAGUGCUAACCUCACUGUUCUCUCACCUUGUGGCCAAUGGACAUCCUACCUGACACCCACUGUGUUCCCCUCCUCCCCUACUGAGAUGGAGUUGAGACAUUAUGAAGCAAAGUUUCCCCUAUAUGCAUUUAGCAGCAAUUUAAUCUUAUGUGUGAAAUUAGUUUCGGUGUAGUUUUGAUGGGCUGGCUGCGCAGGCUGACUGGCAUAGUUUGUUUCCCCUCACUCAUGAACUUGGAUAGAGUCAAGGAUAUGUUUUGCAUUAUUCUAAAGGACUACUGCAACUACUGCAUGUUUUUGUUUCCCUUAAAAUAAAUGUGAUUUAAUAAUAGUUAUUGUAAAUAAAACUGUCCCGUAAGAGAAUAGUAUCAACCUGUCAAGUUAUUAACAUGAGCACCAAUGCUGAUAAAUAGGCUUAACACAAACUCAUCACACUUGUUGUUCUAAAUUACAUUAAACUCUUCACCCUCCUUAUCAUUCAGUUAGGCCUAAUUUAACAUUUGAUUGAAGUAAUGUGCACAGUUAUCGCUCCCAUUCAUCCAUUUGUCCUUCAUUCUGUGGGCUGGCAUCAUUUGCUUCUCCCUCGCUUAUCAACUCAAGGAUAUGUUUUGCAUUAUUCUAAAGGCCUACUGCAACACGUAGCAUGUUGUCGCUUCCCUUACAAUAAAGGGUUAGUAAUAGAGUUAUAGUAAAUUAAACCGUCCCGUAACAGCUUCUUUUUACGAAGUAAAACGUAAAAGACAAUGAUAUCAAGGUGCGCAGUCAAAUUAUUUGCUAUAAACAUGAGCGCCAACACUGAUAAAUAGGCAUAAUGCAAACUCAUCACACUAUUGUCUUUCUAAAUUAAAUCAACCUCUUCACGCUCCUUAUCAUUCAGUUAGGCCUAAUUUAAAUUCAGUUGUGAAGUAACGUUCACAAUUAUUGCCCAUUCAUCCAUUUGUCAUUCAGUAAGGAGAGAGAGAGACGCAUUAGCGCCUGGCUGGGUACCAACUUCCUACAGCGCAUUGUCUUGGCAGGUUAAGUUGGGAAUAGGUGUGGGGAAAAAAACAGGUAAUUGUGACAAAUGAGCAAUGUAAAAUACAAACAUUUAGGAAAAGUCAAGGAAGGAGCAGGAUGUUGUUUUUUCUUUUUUGUGGAGGGGGGGGGGGGGGGUUAUUAUUUACAAAAUAAAAUGUCAGUGGCCGUUGGCCUAUGGCAGUUCUAGUGUUAAAGUCAAAUGAGUUUCUCCAUACUUGUGUUCCUUCCUUUCCAUUUUCUUCUUCUGCUCUGCUCUCAUAAGAACAGUUCUCAAGCCUCUGAAAAACGCUGACCAGCAUAGCAGCACAUAAGGAGCAGCCCUUGAAGGAGUUUACAUUACAUUUAAUUGUGACUGAUGGCAGUUUUGCUGAAGUCAAGCGUGAUAAGGAAAUUGAUUAAAGCUUGAGGCUAAAAAAAAAGUCCCAUAAUGACUAUUGGUAAUGGUUGUGUUUUUGCAAGGUUCUCUGCUGUUGGGUAAUGGACAACUGUUUAUUUGCUUGUAUGGUUAUGUUUAUGAAUAUGCUCUCAGAAUGUGAUGUAGACCUACUUGUAUAGCUACUUGAGCAUCAAGCCUCACAGGCUCUGGCAGAAUGGUUGCUGGUUAGUAAGGUGUCCUGAUAUGCGACCCUCUGUUCCUGUGUGUGUGUGCGGCAUGUGUGGAUGCGUUUUACCCUCUACUGUAUGUGUGUGAUACCCUCUGUGUGUGGGUGUAUGUCCUGAUGUUUGACCCUCUGUUCCUGUGUGUUUUGGCAGGGAGUAAACGUCAGGCCCCGGAAGAAUGCCCAGAUGGGGCGGGACGGCGUGCGGAGGAAGGACUGGCACGACUACGAGGCAAUCAGGAGAGACGCUGCUCGCUCUGGUAGGACAGAACUUCAGGAAGUCCCUCACACACACUGCCCUUUAGUUUGAGGUUUGAAGCCCACAACUACAGUGAGGGGAAAAAAGUAUUUGAUCCCCUGCUGAUUUUGUACAUUUGCCCACUGACAAAGACAUGAUCAGUCUAUAAUUUUAAUGGUAGGUUUAUUUGAACAGUGAGAGACAGAAUAACCUGGCUCCCAGGUGUCUUUUAUACAGGUAACGAGCUGAGAUUAGAAGCACACUCUUAAAGGGAGUGCUCCUAAUCUCAGCUUGUUACCUGUAUAAAAGACACCUGUCCACAGAAGCAAUCAAUCAAUCAGAUUCCAAACUCUCCACCAUGGCCAAGACCAAAGAGCUCUUUAAGGAUGUCAGGGACAAGAUUGUAGACCUACACAAGGCUGUAAUGGGCUACAAGACCAUCGCCAAGCAGCUUGGUGAGAAGGUGACCACAGUUGCUGCGAUUAUUCGCAAAUGGAAGAAACACAAAAUAACUGUCAAUCUCCCUCGGCCUGGGGCUCCAUGCAAGAUCUCAUCUCGUGGAGUUGCAAUGAUCAUGAGAACGGUGAGGAAUCAGCCCAGAACUACACGGGAGGAUCUUGUCAAUGAUCUCAAGGCAGCUGGGACCAUAGUCACCAAGAAAACAAUUGGUAACACACUACGCCGUGAAGGACUGAAAUCCUGCAGCGCCCGCAAGGUCCCCCUGCUCAAGAAAGCACAUAUACAGGGCCGUCUGAAGUUUGCCAGUGAACAUCUGAAUGAUUCAGAGGAGAACUGGGUGAAAGUGUUGUGGUCAGAUGAGACCAAAAUCGAGCUCUUUGCCAUCAACUCAACUCGCCGUGUUUGGAGGAGGAGGAAUGCUGCCUAUGACCCCAAGAACACCAUCCCCACCGUCAAACAUGGAGGUGGAAACAUUAUGCUUUGGGGGUGUUUUUCUGCUAAGGGGACAGGACAACUUCACCGCAUUAAAGGGACGAUGGACGGGGCCAUGUACCGUCAAAUCUUGGGUGAGAGCCUCCUUCCCUCAGCCAGGGCAUUGAAAAUGGGUCGUGGAUGGGUAUUCCAGCAUGACAAUGACCCAAAACACACGGCCAAGGCAACAAAGGAGUGUUUCAAGAAGAAGCACAUUAAGGUCCUGGAGUGGCCUAGCCAGUCUCCAGACCAUAAUCCCAUAGAAAAUCUGUGGAGGGAGCUGAAGGUUUGAGUUGCCAAACGUCAGCCUCGAAACCAUAAUGACUUGGAGAAGAUCUGCAAAGAGGAGUGGGACAAAAUCCCUCCUGAGAUGUGUGCAAACCUGGUGGCCAACUACAAGAAACGUCUGACCUCUGUGAUUGCCAACAAGGGCUUUGCCACCAAGUACAAAGUCAUGUUUUGCAGAGGGGUCAAAUACUUAUUUCCCUCAUUAAAAUGCAAAUCAAUUUAUAACAUUUUUGACAUGCGUUUUUCUGGAUUUUGUUGUUAUUCUGUCUCUCACUGUUCAAAUACACCUUCCGUUAAAAUUAUAGACUGAUCAUGUCUUUAUCAGUGGGCAAACAGCAGGGGAUCAAAUACUUUUUUUCCCUCACUGUAUACUGCGAUAACAAAUGAUUCCACACAAGGCAUUAUAUGUUUGUAGGAACAUGAGCUUUUCAAAGGUGUGAUUCUAGCACAACGACUCUUCAGACAGUAGGCCAUUAAAACUGAAGUGGUCGACAGACUGCAAGACAUUUCCAAGGACCUUAUGGUUCAUUCAGCAGGUACUGUACCUCAGACAAAAGGGAUUUUAGCUGACAUUAAGUCCAGGUAUUUUCAGUCUGUCAGAGAAAAGCAGAUCAUUACAGGCUAGAACAUGACAACAGAUGGAUGGAGCAAGGCAUUUCAACCUAAGUUGACAGUAUCGUUGUGCUCAUGUAUGUUCUGUUCUCUCUCUGUGUGUGUGUGUGUGUGUGUGUGUGUGUGUUUGUGUAGGUAACGGGGAGCAGGGGAAGCCCUUUCCUCUGACCGACACUGACCGGGUGGACCAGGCCUACAGGGAGAAUGGGUUCAACAUCUAUGUCAGCGAUAGGAUCUCCCUCAACCGCUCUGUCGCAGACAUCCGGCACCUAAAGUGAGUGUGUCAACUCACACAUUCCUCCGAAAGGAUAAGUAUAGUUUAGUCAGUUAUUUCUAGGGCCCGACUGAUAAAUUGUAUACCGAUAUUAACGGCCGACAUUUAGCCUUUCACAUAAAUAUUUGUAUCGGUCUUUAUUCCAGAUAAAGCGUUGAUAUUAUAUGCAUAGAAUAAACAAAUACAGUGGGGGAAAAAAAGUAUUUAGUCAGCCACCAAUUGUGCAAGUUCUCCCACUUAAAAAGAUUAGAGAGGCCUGUAAUUUUCAUCAUAGGUACACGUCAACUAUGACAGACAAAUUGAGAAAAAAAACUCCAGAAAAUCACAUUGUAGGAUUUUUAAUGAAUUUAUUUGCAAAUUAUGGUGGAAAAUAAGUAUUUGGUCACCUACAAACAAGCAAGAUUUCUGGCUCUCACAGACCUGUAACUUCUUCUUUAAGAGGCUCCUCUGUCCUCCACUCGUUACCUGUAUUAAUGGCACCUGUUUGAACUUGUUAUCAGUAUCAAAGACACCUGUCCACAACCUCAAACAGUCACACUCCAAACUCCACUAUGGCCAAGACCAAAGAGCUGUCAAAGGACACCAGAAACAAAAUUGUAGACCUGCACCAGGCUGGGAAGACUGAAUCUGCAAUAGGUAAGCAGCUUGGUUUGAAGAAAUCAACUGUGGGAGCAAUUAUUAGGAAAUGGAAGACAUACAAGACCACUGAUAAUCUCCCUCGAUCUGGGGCUCCACACAAGAUCUCACACCGUGGGGUCAAAAUGAUCACAAGAACGGUGAGCAAAAAUCCCAGAACCACACGGGGGGACCUAGUGAAUGACCUGCAGAGAGCUGGAACCAAAGUAACAAAGCCUACCAUCAGUAACACACUACGCCGCCAGGGACUCAAAUCCUGCAGUGCCAGACGUGUCCCCCUGCUUAAGCCAGUACAUGUCCAGGCCCGUCUGAAGUUUGCUAUAGUGCAUUUGGAUGAUCCAGAAGAGGAUUGGGAGAAUGUCAUAUGGUCAGAUGAAACCAAAUUAGAACUUUUUGGUAAAAACUCAACUCGUCGUGUUUGGAGGACAAAGAAUGCUGAGUUGCAUCCAAAGAACACCAUACCUACUGUGAAGCAUGGGGGUGGAAACAUCAUGCUUUGGGGCUGUUUUUCUGCAAAGGGACCAGGACGAUUGAUCCGUGUAAAGGAAAGAAUGAAUGGGGCCAUGUAUCGUGAGAUUUUGAGUGAAAACCUUCCAUCAGCAAGGGCAUUGAAGAUGAAACGUGGCUGGGUCUUUCAGCAUGACAAUGAUCCCAAACACACCGCCCGGGCAACGAAGGAGUGGCUUCGUAAGAAGCAUUUCAAGGUCCUGGAGUGGCCUAGCCAGUCUCCAGAUCUCAACCCCAUAGAAAAUCUUUGGAGGGAGUUGAAAGUCUGUGUUGCCCAGCGACAGCCCCAAAACAUCACUGCUCUAGAGGAGAUCUGCAUGGAGGAAUGGGCCAAAAUACCAGCAACAGUGUGUGAAAACCUUGUGAAGACUUACAGAAAACGUUUGACCUGUGUCAUUGCCAACAAAGGGUAUAUAACAAAGUAUUGAGAAACUUUUGUUAUUGACCAAAUACUUAUUUUCCACCAUAAUUUGCAAAUAAAUUCAUUAAAAAUCCUACAAUGUGAUUUUCUGGAUUUUCUUUUCUCAUUUUGUCUGUCAUAGUUGACGUGUACCUAUGAUGAAAAUUACAGGCCUCUCUCAUCUUUUUAAGUGGGAGAACUUGCACAAUUGGUGGCUGACUAAAUACUUUUUUUCCCCACUGUAUGUCUGCUCAUUUGCGGUCAUUUUUUAAAAUAUUCAAUGGUUGCCUGAAGAGGGUGCCCUGAGCUGCUCAUUGAACAUAAUUCAGCCCCAAGUCACAACGUGAGAGAGUAGGCAUGGUGGUUUGACGGUGAGUAGCUUGCCACAGUCAGCGUAUUUGAAUAAGUAAAUAAUCAAAAGUACACUUCACCAAGAAGCCAGCCAUGUCUUCAUCACAUUCUCACUUAGUUAAUGUUAGCUUAGCUAUCUAGCCAGCCAGGUAGUUAGCUUAGCUAGCUAGCUAGCAAUCUGUUCUACUUAUGUGCUAACACUGGACUGGCGCAAAAGUGAACACUCGUCCGUGAUACAAAAAGAACAAUGUUACUGUCUGGGCCUAUUAUGUUAGCAUGUGGCUUAUUUAGUUAGUUUUCUGAAAUAUGCAAUCUGCAAAAAAGGCAACAGUUGGCGUAGAUCUAUCUUUCAGGCCAUAGCUUGCAUUCAUGAUGAGUUAAGAAGCUAACAUUUGUUGGCUAGCUAAAUUAGAACGUGUGACCAAAACAGCACGGCAAGCAUUUGCCUCCGGAAACAUUUUCAGUUGAAAUUUAUAGCCAAUACAUUUUGUAUUGAAUAACAGUGUAAUGUACAUUUUCUGUAAGUAAACAUUGUUGUAAUGAACAGCUAGCUUAUGUCAUAACAUACUCUCAUUGCGAGGUUGCCAUAAAGUGUUUGUUUACAUGACCUUUGAAUGUAAACACUGUAGUAAAUCUACUAGAAACAAAUGCUGACACCUAGUGGUGACAUUAUGAACGGCAUGUUACUGCUUUUCAAUGCUUGUGAACUGUGCAGUUUCAGAUUUACUUUGAUACUAAGUUUAAAUCAUUCAACCAGAGACCCUUUGUGAUGGUAUAGCACAAACACUUUUGCAUACUUCUUAUCCAGUAAGACACAUCUUUCUGUUGUACUUAAUUAAGAAGUUAUACCAAACAAGUUUACUGUCGUAUUUAUAGAGGAUAUAGUUUAUUUUUGGUGGAUAUCCUGUAAACCACAAAUCAAAUGUUCUUAAAUACUAUAAAUUGUUAUAUUUUGUUGAAAGCAUCAUUUAGAGUAUCUGUUUAAUCCUUUGGAGCAAAAUUUGUAUAAACAAAGGUCUCCUGUAGCUCAGUUGGUAGAGCAUGGUGCUUGCAAUGCCAGGGUUGUGGGUUCGAUUCCCACGGGGGGCCAGUAUGAAAAAUGUAUGCACUCACUAACUGUAAGUCGCUCUGGAUAAGAGCGUCUGCUAAAAUGAUUAAAAUGUAAAAAAUGUAUUUUUCAUUCCACCUCUAGAAAACAAAAUAUAUCGGUAAUCGGUGACUUUUGCCUCCCUAAAAUCGGUAUCAGACCCAAAAAUCCCAUAUUGGUCGGGCUCUAGUUGUUUCACAUGCUCCUGAUGAUGAAAAUGCAAAAUACAUGUGAGCAUUAAGUGGAAGGUGUAUUUCAUUCAUAUUUGAAGAUGUAGCUACUUUCCUCAUAAGCCAUUGAGGAUGUUUACAUGCACACUAAUAAUUUGAUAUUAAACUGAUUAUGGCAGAAGGCCGAGUAUGGCAUUAGUCAUGUAAACACCUUACUCUGCUUAUCUUAAUCGGCGUAAGGUCAAAUUCGAAGUAAGCAUACGCCAAUUAAAACACCUGGUUUUCUGAGCAAUCUUUCAAAUUAUUAGUACAUGUAAACAUCUUAAUCAGCAUUCCAGUGGUGUAUUUGAUCUGCGCAUGGGCCAGUACAGGUAGCGCAAGCCUCCCUCUUAUGCGUGAGUGAGUUUGGGAGUUUGGGAAGAGUUUGGAAGUAUGCAUAUAUACUGAACAAAAAUAUGAACACAACAUGCAACAAUUUCAAGGAUUUUUACUGAGUUACAGUUCAUAUAAGGAAAUUAGUCAAUUGAAAUAAAUUCAUUAGGCCCUAAUCUAUGGAUUUCACAUUACUGGGCAGGGGCACAGCCAUGGGUGGGCCUGGGAGGGCAUAGGCCCACCCACUUUGGAGCCAUGCCCAGCCAAUCAGAAUGAGUUGUUCCCCACAAAAGGGCUUUUUUACAUCAGCUGUCCGGGUGGCUGGUCUCAGACAAUCCCGCAGGUGAAGAAGCCAAAUGUAGCGGUCCUGGGCUAGCGCAGUUACACGUGGUCUGUGGUUGUGAGGCCGUUUGGAUGUACUGCCAAAUUCUCUAAAACAACGGAGGUGGCUUAUGGUAGAGAAAUUAACAUUCAAUUAUCUGGCAACAGCUCUGGUGGACAUUCCUGCAGUCAGCAUGCCAAUUGCACACUCUCUCAACUUGAGACAUCUGUGGUGUUGUGUGACAACUGCACAUUUUUAGUGGCCUUUUAUUGUCCCCAGCACAAGGUGCACCUGUGUAAUGCUGUUUAAUCAGCUUCUUAAUAUGCCACACCUGUCAGGUGGAUGGAUUAUCUUGGCACAUUUGUGCACAUAAUUGGAGAGAAAUAAUAUAUUUGCAUAUGGAACAUUUCUGGAAUACUUUACAUGUUGCGUUUUAUAUUUUUGUUCAGUAUAAAUAGUUUUCACAUACAAACUUUAUAUGUCCAAACUCGGAACCAAAUGGUCUUCGCAAAAAUAACAUGGUCACUGUGGUAGAAUGUUUAUUUUGUUAGCAGAUCUUUCUGCAUUUAUCAAAAGUCCAAUCAGGUAGCUUGAUUUCAGAUGUGUCAAAUCGUUCUUGAAAAGCAUGUAAACGUUUUAAACAAACUAUAAUCUGACUAUUAGGGUUGGGCGAUAUCCAGAUUAUUAUACCGUCGUCCUCUCAUACUGGGAUAUACAGUAUUACCGGUUUAGUACACAAGGGGGCGCUAAAAACGAGACAAAAAGCCCAUUGGGCGUCUAUUACCAGAAAACUAACAAAAUGAGCACAAGUAAUAGCGAAUGACAAUGGCUAAAUUUGCUAACGAGUGCAAAUGAAAAUAAACUAAUUGCAAAGACGGGCAAUCCAGCUCAUAAAGAUAUAUAUAUAUAUAUAUAUAUAUAUAUAUAUAUAUAUAUAUAUACAUACAUACAUACAUACAUACAUACAUACAUACAUACAUACAUACAUACAUACAUACAUACAUACAUACAUACAUACAUACAUACAUACAUACAUACAUACAUACAUACAUACAUACAUACAUACAUACGGUGUGGCGUACCGCAGGUUAGCCACCAGGGGGAGACUCGUCUAGGCCUGGUGACAGAGGGAGUCUACAUCACGCGGCGAUGGCUCCCUCUGCUGGACGUGCCAGGUCUCGAUGCGCUCUCCGGCCAUUACUAAUUGGGGCUGAUUUGUGGUUGGUGAGAAAUCAAGGAGCUUAUUGCUCACCAGCUGGACGAGUCCCAUAAAGCUGCCAGAAGGACAGCACACAGGAGUGGGUACUGGGGAAGAGGGGGUACUCCCGUAUAGUCGUGCUCAGUACCAGCGAUAACGGAGGGAGCUCGGUUUUGUUCCCCACAGGAUACAGAAAGACCCCGGAGCACAGAAGACGGUAUCCCGAAGGAGGUCUCCUGGAGGAUACCUAUUCUUUUCUCUUUGUUUAUUAUUUAAAUUAACACCCUUGAAAUAGAGCUAAUACAAUUCUGUCCGUGUCUGAUCUGUGUAAAGGUCUUGACCAAACCCCCUGGUCUGCCACAAGUGGUGGAGAAUGUAGGCAUUCUGAUAACGUGGUCAGAACAGGGUUGACAUUUAUGCAGCAUCAGCAUGGACGAGUUGAUAGCUCAGUUCGACCUGUCCCAACAAGCACAACAGGCGGUUCAGGAACGAACGCUGGAGGAACAGCGGCUAUAAAAUGGCCGCCUCGUUGAGGAAAUCAGGAAGCUACAAGGAGGAGCGCCUACUGAAUCCCAUCCAAACCAGUUUUUAAUCAAGCUAAUGGAGGAUGACGACAUUGAAACAUACCUCUGCACGUUUGAAUGGACAGCGCUAUGGGAAGGAUGGCCAAGACCGAAGUGGGCAAGUCUGCUGGCCCGUUCCUGUCCGGGAAUGCCCAAAAGGCGUAUUGGGACCUUAACGACGAACAGGCGGCUAACUACGACAGUCUCAAGUGAGAGAAACUCAGCCACUACGGGUACAGCCUGGCCCGUCGGGCCCAACUGGUCCACGACUGGAGGAUCGUGGCCGACGCCUCCCCCUAAGCCCAGAUGAGCGACCUACUGCGCAUCACAAGGGCAUGGCUCCUAACCGACGUAUCCACCCUCUCCAUCAUAGACAAAGUGGUCAUGGAUCACUUCUUACGGGCUCUGCCCCAAGACAUUAAGAGGGCAGCGAGUCUACGUGCGCCCAAGACCUUGGAGGACCUCCUGGGAGCAGUGGAGACUGAUCAGAACACAGAGGCCCUGCUGAAGGGGGGCCGAGUCGGGGACCCGUCCAAGUGGACAGAAGGACACCCCCACCGCCGUAUACCCAGAACCGACAGUCAGCGGGGCCAAAGGGCCGCAGACCCGCGGAGAGAUGGCCGGGGGAGAGCCGACCCACCGCCGACAACCCCAGAUAGAUGGAGACCAAAGGAGGUGUUUUGAGUGUGGCGACCGUGGGCACCUUGCAUGGAAUUUCCCGGCUCGAGAGGAGUCGAUGCCAUCAGCAAGCCCUGGAGGCGAGGUAGGCCACGCAGUGAACUAUGUCACCUCCUGUUGGCGCACCACAAACCACCGGCACCCAUGGUCCCAGUAAAAGUCGACGGACACGACACUGAAGCUCUAUUGGACUCCGGGAGUGUGGUUACGCUCGUAGCCACGAGCCUGCUGGCCCAGGGGACCGAACGUGGUGGGGAGAUGUCCGUUCCCUUUGUCCACAUUGACACCAAGCGUUAUCCGACCGUACAGGCCAACAUCGUGACACCACAAGGGAGCUUCCAGAUUGUGGGUGCCGUACUGGAGUUGCCAGUACCCCUCCUCGUGGGAGGAGAUUGUCCACUGUUCGUGGCACUGUUGAGGCACGAGCUGAGGAAAAAGGUACGAGCGGGUGGGAGACGAGCGAGGAUGACCCGCCGCCUGCGCAUUCCGGAAGCAAGCGGUUGACAAACCCGCAUCUAUGGGGAACCCAGCCCUGAGAAUUCCAGGUGGGAGACAAGGUGCUGGUCUUAGUCCCCACAGCAGAAAGUAAGAUCCUGGCAACAUGGCACGGGCCAUACGAGGUGAUAGAGAAGCUGGGACCCGUCAAUAACCGCGUAUGGCAGCCGGGGAGACGGAAACCUCAGCAGAUUUACCAUGUGAACCUAUUGAAGAGGUGGCACGAGAGGACAGCCUUGGCCAUGUUAUGGUCGGACCCAGGACUCCAACGGUACCAGUGGUGGUCCCAAGCAAUGAGGACCUCGACCCGGCACAGAUGCAAACGCUCCGGGAGCUCGUCGAUCGGAACGCAGCGGUGUUCUCCGAGAAGCCUGGCCGCACGACCCUCAUUGAACACCACGUCCGCACCUGGCCCGGGGCAACGGUACGAAAGAGGCCAUACUGGAUCCCCGAGGCCCGAAGGAAGGCCGUGAAGCAGGAAGUGGAGGCUAUGCUGAGGAUGGGGGUCAUCGAAGAGUCCCACAGCGCAUGGUGCAGCCCCAUCUUGUUGGUGCCCAAACCGGACGGUAGCCUGUGCUUCUGUAAUGACCUCCGGGGUGUGAACGACAUCCAGCUUGUUCGAUGCCUACCCCAUGCCGAGGAUACAAGAGCUCAUCGACCGAUUGGGAAAGGCCCGGUACAUCAGCACCCUCAACCUGACCAAAGGAUAUUGGCAGGUACUGUUGGCAGCCGCCUCCGUGGAGAAGACUGCGUUUUCGACACCGGACGGCUUAUAUCAGUUGCAGUGCCUGAUGGACAGAGUCCUCCAACCCCACCAACAGUACACAGUGGCCUAUUUGGAUGAUAUCAUCAUCCACAGCCAAGGUUGGGAAGAGCACCUGACACGCCUCCAGGCGGUGCAGGACGCGCUCAGGCAAGCCGGGUUGACAGCGAACCCCAAGAAAUGCAAGCUAGUGUUCGAGGAGGUGGAGUACCUGGGGUAUUUGAUCGGACGGGGGAACGCCAAGCCCCAGGAGAGGAAGGUCCACACGGUACGUGACUGGCCCGUUCCACGCACCAAGACUCAGGUCAAGUCCUUCCUGGGACUGGCAUGAUACUACAGCUGGUUUACCCCCAACUUUGUGGCUAUAGCCUCCCCCCUUACCGCUCUAACCAGGGCCCACCUCCCGAAAACAGUGAAAUGGCCAAGUGAGACCGAAGCGGCGUUCAGGCGCCUGAAGGAAGCGCUGAGCUCCCAUCCGAUUCUUGUAACGCCCGAUUUCCAGGACGGAUGCAUGCGACACGGGACUAGGGGCCGUCCUGUCCCAGGUACACGAUGGAGAGGGGCACCCCAUCAUGUACAUAAGCCGAAAGCUGAUACCCAGAGAAAAAAAGACUUGAUUGUCGAGAAAGAGUGUCUAGCGGUGAAGUGGGCGCUAGACACACAAGUAUUACCGGCCGGUUCCCCUCUCCACUGGGGUUCUCUGCCUCUAACCCUGUUGCAGGGGCUGAGUCACUGGCUUGCUGGUGCUCUUUCAUGCCGUCCCUGGGAGGGGUGCGUCACUUGAGUGGGUUGAGUUACUGACGUGAUCUUCCUGUCUGGGUUGGCGCCCCCCCCUUGGUUUGUGCUGUGGUGGAGACCUCUGUGGGCUAUACUCGGCCUUGUCUCAGGAUUGUAAGUUGGUGGUUGGGGAUAUCCCUCUAGUGAUGCGGGGGCUGUGCUUUGGCGGAGUGGGUGGGGUUAUAUCCUUCCUGUUUGGCCCUGUCCGGGGGUUUCUUCGGAUGGGGCCACAGUGUCUCCGGACCGCUCCUGUCUCAGCCUCCAGUAUUUAUGCUGCAGUAGUUUAUGUGUCGGGGGGCUGGGGUUAGUUGGUUAUACCUGGAGUACUUCUCCUGUCUUAUCCAGUGUCCUGUGUGAAUUUAAGUAUGCUCUCUCUAAUUCUCUCGUUCUCUCUUUCUCUCUGAGAACCUGAGCCCUAGGACCAUACGUCAGGACUACCGGGCAUGAUGACACCUUGCUGUCCCCAGUCCGCCUGGCCUUGCUGCUAUUCCAGUUUCAACUGUUCUGCCUGCGGCUACGAAACCCCUACCUGUCCCAGACCUGCUGUUUUCAACUCUUAAUGAUCGGCUAUGAAAAGCCAACUGAGAGACCUGAGCCCUAGGACCAUACGUCGGGACUACCGGCCGUGGUGACUCCUUGCUGUCCCCAGUCCGCCUGGCCUUGCUGCUAUUCCAGUUUAAACUGUUCUGCCUGCGGUUAUGGAACCCCUACCUGUCCCAGACCUGCUGUUUUCAAACUCUUAAUGAUCGGCUAUGAAAAGCCAACUGAGAUUUAUUCCUGAUUAUUAUUUGACCAUGCUUGUCACUUAUGAACAUUUUUGAACAUCUUGGCAUGGUUCUGUUAUAAUCUCCACCCGGCACAGCCAGAAGAGGACUGGCCACCCCUCAUAGCCUGGUUCCUCUCUAGGUUUCUUCCUAGGUUUUCGCCUUUCUAGGGAGUUUUUCCUAGCCACCGUGCUUCUACACCUGCAUUACUAGCUGUUUGGGGUUUUAGGCUGGGUUUCUGUACAGCACUUCGAGAUAUUAGCUGAUGUAAGAAGGGCUAUAUAAAAUAAAAUUGAUUGAUUGAUUGAUUGAUUGAUAUUACCUGUUGGGCACCCACUUCACCCUGGUCACAGACCAUGCUUCCCUGGUCUGGAUGGCCAGGGAAAGUGACACAAACGAUCGGGUCACCAGGUGGUUCUUGUCCCUUCAACGCUUCUCUUUUUCUGUUGUGCAGGGGGAGACUCGUCGAGGCCUGGUGACAGAGGGAGUCUACAUCACGCGUGAUGGCUCCCUUUGCUGGACGUGCCAUGUCUCGACGGGCUCUCCGGCCAGGACUAAUUGGGGCUGAUUUGUGGUUGGUGAGAAAUCAAGGAGCUGAUUGCUCACCAGCUGGACGAGACCCAUAAAGCUGCCAGAAAGACAGCACACAGGAGUGGGUACUGGGGAAGAGAGGGUACUCACGUAUAGUCGUGCUCAGUACCAGCGAUAACGGAGGGAGCUCGGUUUUGUUCCCCACAGGAUACUGCAAGACCCCGGAGCACAGAAGACGGUAUCCCGAAGGAGGUCUCCUGGAGGAUACCUAUUAUUUUCUCUUUGUUUAUUAUUUAAAUAAACACCCUUGAAAUGGAGUGUUACGAGAAUUUUGUUAUCUCAAUGGUUGAAGUCAACUACUUCUUAAAUCUCUGAAUAAUUCCCAAAAGGUUGUAAAUCUCUUAGUUUAAAUAAAUUAAACAAAGACUCAAUCCUGCAAUGGUCAGCAUAUUUAUUCAUGAGAGCGCUCUGAAACAAAAUGGUCGUACAAUAUUUUUAUACGCACACGUCAGAGGAAAAAUCCCACCCCUCUUUAGGCGGGCUGUAGUUUUCCACUGGAAAACUGCUCUCCUGACCAUCAGGUCACACACACACACACACACACACACACACACACACACACACACACACACACACACACACACACAUACAUACAUGUUCUUAUCAUAGGCUGCAUUCCUUAGUUAUCGCCUCCUUACAAUAUCCUGCAAGCCUUUCACUCCCCUUUCCCUGUGUGUUUUGGGAAUCAGUCUAUACUCUUGCUGGGAUAUAAACACAUUUGAUUAAUUCUCUAAGCUCUAGUCUACUAAUUAGUCAUAAACUAAUAAUGUAACUGAGGGUGUGACAUUUUAGUCAUAUCUCACUCACACAUUUCUUUAUCAUGGAGCUAAUACAAUUCUGUCCGUGUCUGAUCUGUGUAAAGGUCUUGACCCUGGUCUGCCACAACAGGUAGGAGCUACCAAAUGUCAUUUUUGGUGAGUUUGGACAUUUUACAAGUGAAUGUGAACAAGAGACAUUGUGCAAAUUAAUAACAAAGUUUUGACGCAUGCUUUUUCUCUGAUACUUUUCUCGGUGACGCCAGCCUAUUUAUCACUGGUGAAAUGCAAGAUUAAGCAAAACAUUAGGAAAUAUAGCUGGCUACAUUCUUUCUAUGAUAGGCCUAACCAUUAGAAAUAUGAUGGCCAUGCAUCGUUUUUGCAAAAAAUACCUUGCUUUUUUAUUGUCAACUAAUUUACUUGUGUGGCUGCCAGUCAAGUAGCGUUGCACUUCUGUUGUUAUCUGAUGAAAAUGAAGCAAUUUUUUGCCAAAUGUAUUGCGCUAAUGUAUUUUCUGGGAAGGAAAACUAUAGUUGCACAUCCCUGAUCACUCUAUUGAAGAAAAAAAACACAGACUUUCAAUGUAAAACACGACCUUCACAGCUGGACUCAUCUGCUCCCGCUUUCUCCCGUUGUGCUAUUUACUAACAAACACGUGACUGGCUCAACUGUUCUGGGGAACUACAGUAAGCUUCAUAAUAUGACUGGUGAAAUGAAGAACGCGAUCUGCUUUAUCUCCUAAUGCAUUGCACAAGUUGACUGCAGUUAUUUACUUAAAAAACAGCUACAAAUAUUAAAAUGUAUUGAAAAACUUCAAAUAAAUAGUUUCAAAGGUAUUGAAAAACCAUCCCAUGGCCAUUUCCAAAUACCCCAGUAUACCGGCCGAGCCUAUUAGGGAGUAAUUAGCUAUCUCACACUCUCGUUCUCUCCCUCUUUCUCUUUGUUCCUCUUUCUCUCUCUCUCUCUCUCUCUCUCUCUCUCUCUCUCUCUCUCUCUCUCUCUCUCUCUCUCUCUCUCUCUCUCUCUCUCCCACUUUCUGUCUGUGUCUCUCAGCACUGUCUGUGGGACUAUCCUCUUUAGUGAAAAAGUGAGGGAUGAUGAGUAAUGAAUAGGAUGCUGUGGCAGGAGCUUGGCCUUCUGACGGCUGAAGUGACACUGUGACAAUUGUUGUGGAAAUUCAUCACUAUACUUUAUUAACAAUCAAAGUUCUUACAGAGUUUUUGUUGAAUCAAGAUUUACUUUAUUGAAUUUCAAUAAAAGGAAGCUGGUCUGCAGAGUAGCCUAGCCUCUCCCGCCCUCUCUCCAUCUUAUAUAGUGCCCUCCACACACCCUAGCUUUUAAAAUCCCUCCCGCUUCAGUUUCCCGCUCUUUUAUUGCUCCGCCCACUCCCUUUGUCUAUGGUGGCGGCUAAAUUCAACUUUCAUUCAGUUCAGAAUCAAUAGUAAUACACUCAAUCAAUCCCUUAUCUUGCAAAAACACUCAUGUUUAGUUUAAACUCUGUUCAACCCCGGCUCUCCUGGGCUUGACCUGAAGAACGAUUGUUGGACAUGACAGGUCCCUAAAUCCUUGAAACAUACACAAACCCCCACACACACAAUGAAAUGAUCCAAUUAAGUUCCUGGCCCAAUAACAAAGAACUCUAACUCUAUGUUCGUGAUUAACCCAGUUUUAUCAAUAAAACAUUUCCAUCACAAUCGGCUGUCAGGCCCCGUCAUUCUGUGUCAGUUAGACCAAUCAGGCUGCCACACCUGCUCUCCAAUACCUAAUCGAUGGCCCUGUCUGCCCUGGAGGCCCGCUCCUAUGUGGUGAUUGUCAUGUCACCGUCAUGUCUGAUCUUGACACAUUCGAUUUCUAUGUUGUGACAGAAUUCCAAUGAAGGAAGCCACAUAAUUCCAUAUUGUGUAAUACAAUGCAAGGAAAUGUGGGUGGGCUCGAAAUUUGUCUGAGUUGUCUCAAUGUUUUGCAACAAUUUAGAUUCGGGCUAGUGCUCUGCUCAAGCUCUCAUUUCACUCAUGAACCAGAAACUGGUGCUUUCAUUAUCUGCUAUGAUUACUUCAAUAUAGUUUUCAUAUUAUAUAGCCUAAUAUUGCAAUAUCAUAUCAUUACUGUGUAUUAUUGCGUCCGAUUACAAUUGUGGGUCAUGAAUACUAGGCCUACAUGAUAAUACUAAAGUAUUGUUGGUCUCUCCAGAAGAUAACUUUUGUGCAACACCAGGUCCUGUAGUCAUAAAUAGUCUCACACUGAGUGAUCUACGAUGUUAUUCACUAUGAUCUUAAAAGCCAAAACUGAUCCUAGAUCAGCACUCACACUUUAUGAACACACUUUACUGCCCCUCAGUAGUCUCUCUAUUUGCUUUUUGGCUAUUGCUGUUUGUUGCUUUGUUAAUUUUAUUUGCCUGUUUGUGUGUGUUUAGCUGUAAACAGAAGCUGUAUGGGGUGAAGUUGCCCAACACCAGCAUCAUCAUCCCAUUCCACAACGAGGGUUGGUCAUCCCUGCUCAGGACAGUACACAGCGUGCUCAACCGCUCGCCCCCUGAGCUCAUCGCUGAGGUCAUACUGGUGGACGACUUCAGCGACAAAGGUACACUGAGAUACGCAUGGAGGCACAAAUAUAUACACACACCGGCACAAACACACAAGCACACACUGUGCUGACUUACUCACAGGCACCGGCAUGCAAGGACUGAGACCUCAACACACACACACAUUCACACACACACAAACGAAACAUGCACAAACUAACGCACACAAAUGCUCCCUCAGUGUACAAGUGACUCAUUUGUUUACUAGUGUGUCGGCUGUUUGCAAGGGCUGUCCCGUGGUCAUUUAUUAAUGAGGCUCAGACUGCAGCUCUGGAGUCUCCAUCAGCAGCUGAGCUCUUCUCUUCCAAGCCCCUGUCAGCCUCCACCCAGACUUCAUCACACAAUGUUUAAUUCAUCUUUAAUUAGCUUCCCCUGCCACCGCCACCCUAGCCUCAUUGACAGAUGUGUUGACCAUCUCUGCUUUUAGGAAUUCAUUGUUCAGCGUCUUUAAGGUAGGAGCAAAGAGAUGGAAUGAGGUGAGGGUCCUCACUUGUCCGCUUAAUGUUUUUAUAAGUUUAAUUCUUCAAAUAUUACAUUAAUUGACAUUACUUGUAAUCUUUUUAUUAAUUGUGUGCCAGUGUCAGUGGCUCUAACCGCUGGACCACACAGGCCACAAAUUACUCAAUCUUACACAGACCCUGGCUUUGUCAUUGAGGGGUACAAUCACUGAGUGUCACAGGUUUGAAUCAGCCCCUGGUUAGUUGGGAUAAAUUAAAACCAUCAGUGCUGCUAACUGUGGACAUUGAAGACUAGAUUUGAGUAGGCCUGGUUAAGAGGAAUCCUACCAGUGUCUGUGGGUUUGUAUUCUCCCACACAGUUUAAUCAGUUUGAAUUAUGGAGUCAAUGGAAGAAUCUGAACUCCUACUUAAUGAAUCAGAGGAGAAGUGCAAUAUUUAUGGGAGGGGGGAGAUUAAUCAUAUGGGUUAAAAUCCCUGUGUGGCAUAAUUUCCUGCCCAAACUUUCUCCUGGAAUAUUUAAUAAUGCACUUUCUGACUAGAUAGAAUACUGAGCAUGACUUUGUUAAAGGGGAGCAGGAAUAGUUCAGGCUAUAAUGUGAUCUGCACACUGCAGUGCACAGUGUCUUUGGUAAAGUACAAAGACUGUAAAGGCUAUAGGUCACAUACUAUAGACUUUUUUAAAUGUGGGGUUGCACAAAGCAUAUAAUGCUGCUUGACCACACACUGUACUGUAUGGCUCCUUCUGGCAUAGUGCUGUGGAGGAGUCAUAUUUGCUCAGGGAAAAUUAACAAAUGAUUAUGCUAAUGCCGUCCAGGGUCUGAUUCAUAUUCAGUCCUAUAAUCAAGCCAGCUCCUGUGCCAGCCCUGGGUGAUUCAUUUGCAGCAGUGAGGCCAUGGCCUUCUCUCUAGACCUCCUACCACCACCAAGUGAAACUCAAGGUUACUUUGGUAACCCUGGUUCUUUUGAUAAUAUGAGUGAGAUGUAUCACUACGGGUAUUUGCUCCAGGUGGAUCACUACAUGAAGGACCAAUCAUACGUCUGUCAGAGACAGAUGGGUCGAGUGGCCAAUGAGGUAAGCCCCUCCCUCCUUAUAAGGCGCUAUUCGCCUGUCUUCUGGUUCAUCUGAGGCAUGCCUCUCUUUUUGCUCUCUUCGAUGCGGUGAUACAUCUCACUCAUAUUAUCAGAGAACCGGGGUUACAAAAGUAUACUUGAGUUAUCUUUUUAAAUACUUGUUUCGAUGUAUCACUAUGGGUAAAUGGCCAACUCUCAUAUCGCAGACAUGCUCUCCGAAGCCAGGGUAGUCCCAACAGCAUAACUGCAGUCUUGUACCCCUUUGUAACUCUGGACAAGACACAUGGUCGGGCUGCACAUGAAUGCCAGUUCCCUGCUCUUGCGGCGAGGACUUUGCUGGACAAAGGUUUGUCCCAGUUGCGUUUGGCUUCCGCCAUGAAAGCUCGGACCGCUUGGAGGAGUGGCAAGAAGGGAGUCUCCUCCCAUCGAACCAGUCCUUUUCGGCGCUACCAGCCCUUACGGGUGCGGGCUACUCGAUACCGAGCCUGACCCCGCCGCCCAUUUGCAGACAAUAAGUCCACAUUUCUCAUUGGGCAAUGAUGCUCCACUGGACAGAAGAGGGCUUCGAGCCGUGGGCUUGAGCAUUGUCUUCCUACUCCUCUUCUUGAAACAGCGGGUGGAAGUCCUCCAGGUACCCAUCCAUCACCUCGGCCCAGGUGGGUUGGUUUUAGGGUAGCCUCCUCGCCCGCAGACUGUGAGGAAGACAAGUCUCACAGAGGGGCUGCUCUGCGCAGUCUCAGUCUGUGCGGUCGAGGGGAAAGUCCCUACAGUGCACGCAAGACUCAGUGUUAGCGAGUUCUGCCUUAGCGUGCUCAGGCCCCAAGCAGGCAAUACACCAAGAGUGUGUAUCCUUUCCUGCUAUCGUAGCCCCGCAUGGACACAGGUGUGCCAGUGCUGGGGCAGGAGCCCUGCCCGGUUCUCCCUGUUGUCAUGACUGUCCUGUGAGGAUCCAAAUAGGUCAGAUCAAGUUUGCAAUGAAUAACUUCAACCAGACCCCCUCUGACUCGAAGAGGGGGGAGUAGGAAACUGGUGGGCGGUUGACACCUCACGCCCUGUUGUAAAUCAAGGAGAGAAGAUUCAGGUCUCCCUCGCCAAUGUUCACCAGAGGAAUGUGCCUUUGUUUCCACAGACUUUUCCUGCCGAAACUCUAACACAUUCUAAAACGAAUACUGUAACAAUAUUUCUAACGUGGGAAAUGGUCAGAGGCGAUCUAUAGAACAAUAAUGUCAAUUGGGUUGUUAUUUUGUGAUGUCAAAUGUUAUAAAGGAAGUUUCCAUCCUACCUUGUGCAUGUAACAUGAAACAUGAUGAAAGUAUUUUUGUUAAGAUAGGGAUGUGAUUUGAGAACGCUAUAAGAGCUUUGCACAGUAAGUAGUCAUGCCCCCGAGUGAGGUCAGAGAGCGUGUCAGCCUGACGGAACUGGCCCUUUCGAGCAGAGCGUAUAAAAGGAUGGGUUAUGAAUUAACAUAUCAUACUAGAAAACGUGAAAGCGGCAGCUACAUGUUUAAAAUUGUUGGAACUUUGAAAUCUCAACACGAGUUGGAGAUAAUAAACUCACCUUUCCGGACAAUCAUUGGUACGGCUGAUUAGCUGUCCUAAGUAAAGUAUCUUCGAAAGCGAAUUUAAGUAGCACCAUCCUCUGUUACUCUGCUCAAGACAUCGUGUUACGCUACUCUCAUCACCCCACUGGGGACCAUCGAUACGGCUGGCUAGCCUAUCUUCAAAGAAGCAACUUCAAGAGCGAAUGGAAGGAAAAUCCAUUCUGUAGUUCUGUUCAGGACUACAUGACAAGUCACCGUAUACCAGAGAACAACAGUAGAAUACUUUUUGGACGAUCAGAGCCUUACAAGCGGGCCACGAGAAGGCCCAACUCCCUAUCCAGGGCGGUCCACCGAGAGAUACACGGCGAACCAGACAUUUCAAGUAAAUACAUUCAUGAUUUCUUACUCAGAGGAUGGCGGUUCGUGUGCAAAGUAUAUGGGUACUCUAGGUGAGCGCAGUUUCUGAAUGUAUCGAAGUAUUAUCUCUGUCCCUCUCUCUCUCUCUCUCUCUCUCCCCACCUCUUCUUGUUGACAAGCAGCCAUGUUGUCAUUCCGCUAGGGAUCUGUUUUCUCCAAUCAAUAACCGGUGCAGUGUGUGUAUGUUUAUCCUGUGUUCCCUUUUAAUUAGCUAGUAAAUAACAGGUAACAAUUAAACAUAGUUAGUUAAUUAGAGAACAGUCUUCAGAUUAAUGUUAGUCAUGUCACGACACUGCAGGGGCAGCAGGCUCCAUGGCUAUGAGAAUAGUAUUCCUUGGGCAAAAAGUGCAGGAAGGAAUGCUAGUGUGGUUAGCUUGCUUUCCAGAGAGCUAGCCAAGUUUAGCUUAAAACUUGCAGCGUGGGCUAAGAAAGUCUUGAGCAUUCGCUUUGUUGGCUAAUAGCUUAGCUAGCUAGCACAAAGGUAGCCGGAGAAAGUGUGUGCUUUCUUGGUCUUUCGACGAGAGAGCUAGCAAUUACCUUUCCAGGUAGAAAAUGUAUUUAGUACACUGCUAGCCUAUGGGAACCGCGUGGUGGCAUGGUUCGAGUUCAGGGUGGUAUUCUCCCACCACCAUGGAGCUGUGAGGCUAAUCCGGUCUGUUUAAUUAAAGGGACAAUCAGCAGUUGCUGCAUCCAUUUUUGGACUCAUAAAUUCAUGAUAUAGCCAAGUUAACAAACAGAUCACCGACCAUUUCGAAUCCCACCGUACCUUCUCCGCUAUGCAAUCCGGUUUCCGAGCUGGUCAUGGGUGCACCUCAGCCACGCUCAAGGUCCUAAACAAUAUUAUAACCGCAAUCGAUAAAAGACAGUACUGCGCAGCCGUCUUCAUCGACCUGGCCAAGGCUUUCGACUGUCAACCACCGCAUUCUUAUUGGCAGACUAAAUAGCCUUGGUUUCUCUAAUGACUGCUUCGCCUGGUUCACCAACUACUUCUCAGAUAGAGUUCAAUGUGUCAAAUCGGAGGGCCUGUUGUCUGGACCUCUGGCCGUCUAUAUGGGGGUGCCACGGGGUUCAAUUCUCGGGCCGACUCUAUUCUCUGUCUAUAUCAAUGAUGUCGCUCUUGCUGCUGGUGACGCUCAGAUCCACCUCUAUGCCGGACGACACCAUUUUUUAUACAUCUGGCCCUUCAUUGGACACUGUGUUAACAAACCUCCAAACGAGCUUCAACGCCAUACAACACUCCUUCCGUAGCCUCCAACUGCUCUUAAACACUAGUAAAACUAAAUGCAUGCUCUUCAACCGAACGCUGCUUGCACCAGCAGACUAGAAUCACUACUCUUGGAGAGGUCUGACCUAGAGUAUGUGGACAACUACAAAUACCUAGGUGUCUGGUUAGACUGUAAACUCAACUUCCAGACUCACAUUUUCUAUUUUUAUUUUUAUUUAACCUUUAUUUAACCAGGUUAACUUUGGUUCGCCUGAGAACAGUUAAGUAAGAAGACAGGAUUCUAGUCGUGCUGAGAGCUUUAGGAGCCGUAGUGAUCUUCUGCAAGGAAGAGAGGUGAGAAUGACCAGAGGACGGGCGAGUGGCGCCUUAUAAAGAGGGAGAGGCUCACUUCAUUCGUCAGUGAACCGGUUUGUCUCCGACAGACGUUGUGUUCUUCGUAUAGUGAUGCGCCUGGAGCGAAUCCCCAUAGCAAUUCAAAACAAGUAUUUGAAAGAGAACCACUUGAUUUUUAGUUAGUUGGUGGUGAUUAGCCUUUCCCUUCUUUCAUAUCUUGUGUGGUAGCUAGGUAGCCUGUGGUAAUUCAAAUUUGUUAUUUGGAUGAAUGCAAAUUUUUUAGGUCUGGUUUGGUUACAAUGGGCUUUGCUGGUUAUAGGAAAUAAGGAAAACAAUGUAGUACUUUUGAUGAAACACAUGGUAGGUAUGUGUUUGUUUAAUCAUCAACAUACUUGUAGCUAUGGUAAUUACACCCUGGUGUACAUACAGUGCCUUAGGCUUGGCACACCUGCAAUUGGGGAGUUUCUCCCAUUCCUCUCUGCAGAUCCUCUCAAGCUCUGUCAGGUUGGAUGGGGAGCGUUGCUGCACAACGAUUUUCAGAUCUCUCCAGAGAUGUUCAAGUCCUGGCUCUGGCUGGGCCACUCAAGGACAUUCAGAGACUUGUCCCAAAGCCACUGCUGCGUUGUCUUGGCUGUGUGCUUAGGGUCGUUGUUCUGUUGGAAGGUGAACCUUCGCCCCAGUCUGAAGACCUGAGUGCUCUGGAGCAGAUUUUCAUCAAUGAUCUCUCUGUACUUUGCUCUGUUCAUCUUUGCCUCGAUCCUGACUAGUCUCCCAGUCACUGCCGCUGAAAAACAUCCCCACAGCAUGAUGCUGCCACCACCGUGCUUCACUGUUGGGAUGGUGCCAGGUAAUCUUGUUUCUCAUGGUCUGAGAGUCUUUAGGUGCCUUUUGGCAAACUCCAAGCAUGCUGUCGUGCCUUUUACUGAGGAGUGCCUUCUGUCUGGCCACUCUACCAUAAAGGCCUGAUUUGGUGGAGUGCUGCAGAGAUGGUUGUCCUUCUGGGAGGUUCUCCCAUCUCCACAGGGGAACUCUAGAGCUCUGUCAGAGUGACCAUCAAGUUCUUGGUCACCUCCCUGACCAAGAUCCUUCUCCCCCGAUUGCUCAGUUUGCCGGGUAACCAGCUCUAGAAAGAUUCUUGGUGGUUCCAAACUUCUUCCAUUUAAGAAUGAUGGAGGCCACUGUGUUCUUGGACCUUCAAUGAUGCAGACAUUUUUUGGUACCCUUCCCCAGAUCUGUGCCUCGACACAAUCCUGUCUUGGAGCUCUACGGACAAUUCCUUCGACCUCAUGACUUUGUUUUUGCUCUGACAUGCACUGUCAACUGUGGGACCUUAUAUAGACAGGUGUGUGCCUUUCCAAAUCAUGUUCAAACAAUUGAAUUUACCACAGGUGUACUCCAAUCAAGUUGUAGAAACAUCUCAAGGAUGAUCAAUGGAAACAGGAUGCAUCUGAAAUCAAUUUCGAGUCUCAUAGGAAAGGGUCUGAAUACUUACGUAAAUAAGGUAUUUCUGUUUUUUAUUUUUAAUACAUUUGCUAAAAUUGAUAACCUGUUUUCGCUUUGUCAUUAUGGGAUAUUGUGUGUAGAUUGCUGAAAAAAAGUAAUAUUUAAUCAAUUUUAGAAUAAGGCUGUAAUGUAACAAAAUGUGGAAAAGGUCAAGGGGUCUGAAUACUUUCCGAAGGCACUGUAUCAUGUAAUUAUAGCAGUACACAACAAACUGCUGCGUCAUCUAGACUAUAUGUUUUCAGCUUUUUGUGUCACAAGCAAUGUUUUGAUCAUUUCUAUUUGUUUUCUGUCAACUUCAUUUCGCAUUAUUCAACCAAAACCUUUUUCUUCCACUUCAGUAAGUCACUGCAAAGUCAUUCUUUUGUUGUUGGACUUUUCAGGAUAACUUCCAUUCAGCGUAUGUUCUCUGUAUCAAACCGUUCCCUCGCCCCAUCACGACGUCUUCAUUUUGAGUAUAGGUGUGCAGAGAGCAUAAACUCAUGAAUAGGGGAUACACAGACAGUCCCCUCUUUGCCCACUUCUCCCACCCUCUGUAACAUUCGUCUCCCUUCUCUCUCUCCGUCUCUCUUUCUCGCUCUCUCUGUGACUGUUAAACCUUGCUGUCUCGCCCUCUCUUCCUCUCUUUUCCGCCCACAUUCACCUUGUUGCCAGGUCUGUCUUGUGGGCAACUCUGAUUUCAUGGAGCAGCUCAGGCGUGAGGUCUGAGUCACAGAUAGCGUGCGAGCGACACCUGCUCUCUUGUUUUCCAUCUGUUUCCUCUCCCCACCCUUAGGGAGGGGCUCUGUUUUCACUCUUCAUCCCCUUCCCCUCUCCCUCCUGGACACCCAGUUUGGUGGACACCUGAGGAGGUGGAAGGGGACUGGUACUGCGGUGGAAUGGCUGUGCUAAUGUCAGUCACCUCAGGAAUGCAUAAAAUAAAAAAUUGCCAGGUCCUUUGGUCUCUGACAACCUGCAGGGUGGCAUUAGAGCCCUGUGUGCUUGAGCUCCGUGCCUACCGUUUUCAUGCAGCGUUGGUCACUGAGCAGAAGUGAUUUCACGGUGCAGCAGACAGACAGAACAGGGCUCCGCAUAGGAAGUUGUUCUGCCUGUCAGCCUAUGCAGGAAGUUGUCUAGUGGGUUGUCAGGGCCAUACAGGGAGGAUGCCAGACAGCGCUGAGGGCUUUGUACACAGUCAUCGGUCUGUGUGGGGUAGAUCAGCUCAUCUCUUCCCCUGUCCCAUAUUGCAUCAUCAUGUUCUGCUUUUGUUGGGAUCAGAUCAGCAAAGCCCUUCAGAUUGUGCUCAGGGUUUCCAUUUUCUCCCACAAUUUCACGUUUUAAACUCAUCCCUCGCAGCUCCUGUCAGAAAGGUGGGCCUCGCUUUUCUACAGGUUGACAUGCCCACCAGGCUGCCACACUAUAGUCUCAUAUGGGGGAUGCUGUCAGGCAGCUGUUUGACUGAUGGCCCGCACUGGCCUUCUCCCACAAGCCAUUUUCAUGGAGAUUUCACCCUAAUUGAUUUAAUCCAUCCAGAUUGUUCCAUCUCCUCCCUGUUUACACCACAUCGGAUCCAUUUCCAGUCUGACAUGGGGCUUCAGUGCCACAGCAUGAGCUCAUACCGGGACUCACUAUACCACUAAAAUGGUCCUCUUUGUCUAAAUAGGGCUUUAUUUUAUUGGGGAUUGCUUGAAAACGCGGCGCCAGGUGUUUCCAUCAUCAUUGAUGGAGCCCCAUCCAUCUCGGCAGGACUGCAGCGAGACCGCGGCCCUCGCCGUGAGGCGCUCUGUGAUCGAGGCCUGUCAUUGGCAGAUUGAUCGUUCAAUUACUUGCUCCUCGGGCCCCUGAUGGGAACAAUUGAGUGAACGGCUGCAAUGCAUCAGACCCCCCACCCUGACACAUGCAUCUCUCUCUUCCUGUCGUCAUCCUUUAUUUUUACUCUUUCUCGCCCGUUCUCCACACCACUGACACUCAAUCACUUGUCAUUGCUUUCUGUCAAUCGAGCCAGAGCACCUGAUACCAUAGUUGUAGCUUUCUGUCUUAGAACAGCAGGAUGAUAUCAACAGGUUUUCCCUGCACUAUUGCAUUUAGAGUAUUAGCUUUUUUUAAACCCAGAAUGUUAUUUCCUAAAUAUUGACUUGCUGAGGUAUUGACUUGCUGAAGGUAGAAGUAAGUAUGGAGCCUAGCUAGAAACAAUCUUCAGUGUAAGAUGUAAUUCAGGACAUUUAUCUAGCAGUAAAAUCAGGGUUGUUGUGGCUGAGACAGUACAGGACAUUCCCUUCUGCGUUGUGAUAAUAGUACAUUACAUCUAAACUCCCUAUCUAAUCAACAGCAGUGUACACAGUCUAGCAGCAUCCACCUCCCAUCUCCCUGCUCCACAGACGGUGUGUUUAGGAAGUCGGUAGGAACACUGUCUAACCUGCACUAACACAUGUCUGGGAAGAUGACACUGAGAUGGCCUCCAUAUUGCUCUGUGGCAUUCCUGUUCUGUCAACAUCCUAUCAUCUUAUCUGUGUCACCAUCAGUCAUAACCAACCCUAAAAAAGGCUCAGGGGCGUCGUUGUGAACUUGUUUCUCUCCCCCGACGCAACACGACUGCUGCUGUGUCAUCUGAUGACUUAAACCCUGGCGUGCCCGGCUCCCACUUCUAAUCAUCAUUUAAGGGGAGGUUUUAUAAUGUUUGUGUGCCCUCUGCCAGAGACAGUGGGAUAACCACUUUACAAUAGUUGUUUUUUUUGUUUUUUAAUUUUUAAUUUAUUUUUUUCUUUUUCUUUUUUAAUUAUCUUUUUAAUAAAAAAAUUUUUGGGGGGGGUAGAAGGAUUACUUAAUCCUAUCCCAGGUAUUCCUUAAAGAGGUGGGGUUUCAAAUGUCUCCGGAAGGUGGUGAGUGACUCCGCUGUCCUGGCGUCGUGAGGGAGCUUGUUCCACCAUUGGGGUGCCAGAGCAGCGAACAGUUUUGACUGGGCUGAGCGGGAACUAUGCUUUCGCAGAGGAAGGGGAGCCAGCAGGCCAGAGGUGGAUGAACGCAAUGCCCUCGUUUGGGUGUAGGGACUGAUCAGAGCCUGAAGGUACAGAGGUGCCGUUCCCCUCACAGCUCCAUAGGCAAGCACCAUGGUCUUGUAACAGAUGCGAGCUUCAACUGGAAGCCAGUGGAGUGUGCGGAGGAGCGGGGUGACGUGAGAGAACUUGGGAAGGUUGAACACCAGACGGGCUGCGGCAUUCUGGAUGAGUUGUAGGGGUUUAAUGGCACAGGCAGGGAGCCCAGCCAACAGCGAGUUGCAGUAAUCCAGACGGGAGAUGACAAGUGCCUGGAUUAGGACCUGUGCCGCUUCCUGUGUAAGGCAGGGUCGUACUCUCCGAAUGUUGUAGAGCAUGAACCUACAGGAUCGGGUCACCGCCUUGAUGUUAGCGGAGAACGACAGGGUGUUGUCCAGGGUCACGCCAAGGCUCUUCGCACUCUGGGAGGAGGACACAACGGAGUUGUCAACCGUGAUGGCGAGAUCAUGGAACGGGCAGUCCUUCCCCUUGGAGGAAGAGCAGCUCCGUCUUGCCAAGGUUCAGCUUGAGGUGGUGAUCCGUCAUCCAUACUGAUAUGUCUGCCAGACAUGCAGAGAUGCGAUUAGCCACCUGGUUAUCAGAAGGGGGAAAGGAGAAGAUUAGUUGUGUAUCGUCAGCGUAGCAAUGAUAGGAGAGGCCAUGUGAGGAUAUGACAGAGCCAAGUGACUUGGUGUAUAGCGAGAAUAGGAGAGGGCCUAGAACUGAGCCCUGGGGGACACCAGUGGUGAGAGCACGUGGUGCGGAGACAGCUUCUCGCCACGCCACUUGGUAGGAGCGACCGGUCAGGUAGGACGCAAUCCAAGAGUGAGCCGCGCCGGAGAUGCCCAGCUCGAAGAGGGUGGAGAGGAGAAUCUGAUGGUUCACAGUAUUAAAGGCAGCAGACAGGUCUAGAAGGACAAGAGCAGAGGAGAGAGAGUUAGCUUUAGCAGUGCGGAGAGCCUCCGUGACACAGAGAAGAGCAGUCUCAGUUGAAUGACCAGUCCUGAAACCUGACUGGUUUGGAUCAAGAAGGUCAUUCUGAGAGCGAUAGCAAGAGAGUUGGCUAAAGACGGCACGCUCAAUAGUUUUGGAAAGAAAAGAAAGAAGGGAUACUGGUCUGUAGUUGUUGACAUCAGAGGGAUCGAGUGUUGGUUUUUUGAGAAGGGGUGCAACUCUCGCUCUCUUGAAGACGGAAGGGACAUAGCCAGCGGUCAAGGAUGAGUUGAUCAGCGAGGUGAGGUAGGGGAGAAGGUCACCGGAGAUGGUCUGGAGAAGAGAGGAGGGGAUAGGGUCAAGCGGGCAGGUUGUUGGGCGGCCUGCAGUCACAAGUCGCAAGAUUUUAUCUGGAGAGAGAGGGGAGAAAGAAGUCAAAGCAUAGGGUAGGGCAGUGUGAGCAGGACCAGCAGUGUCAUUUGACUUAACAAACGAGGAUCGGAUGUCGUCAACCUUCUUUUCAAAAUGGUUGACGAAGUCAUCCACAGAGAGGGAGGAGGGGGGGGGGGGGAUUCAGCAGGGAGGAGAAUGUGGCAAAGAGCUUCCUAGGGUUAGAGGCGGAUGCUUGGAAUUUAGAGUGGUAGAAAGUGGCCUUAGCAGCAGAAACAGAUAAAGAAAAUGUAGAGAGGAGGGAUUGAAAAGAUGCCAGGUCUGCAGGGAGUCUAGUUUUCUUCCAUUUCCGCUCAGCUGCCCGGAGCUCUGUUCUGUGAGCUCGCAAUGAGUCAUCAAGCCACGGAGCUGGAGGGGAGGACCGAGCCGGCCGGGAGGAUAGGGGACAUAGAGAGUCAAAGGAUGCAGAAAGGGAGGAGAGGAGGGUUGAGGAGGCAGAAUCAGGAGAUUGGAGGGAGAAGGAUUGAGCAGAGGGAAGAGAUGAUAGGAUGGAAGAGGGGAGAGUAGCGGGAGAGAGAGAGCGAAGGUUGCGACGGCGCAUUACCAUCUGUGUAGGGGCAGAGUGAGUAGUGUUGGAGGAGAGGGAGAGAGAAAAGGAUACAAAGUAGUGGUCGGAGACUUGGAGGGGAGUUGCAGUGAGAUUAGUAGAAGAACAGCAUCUAGUAAAGAUGAGGUCAAGCGUAUUGCCUGCCUUGUGAGUAGGGGGGGGACGGUGAGAGGGUGAGGUCAAAAGAGGAGAGGAGUGGAAAGAAGGAGGCAGAGAGAAAUGAGUCAAAUGUAGACGUAGGGAGGUUGAAAUCCCCCAGAACUGUGAGGGGUGAGCCAUCCUCAGGAAAGGAACUUAUCAAGGCGUCAAGCUCAUUGAUGAACUCUCCAAGGGAACCUGGAGGGCGAUAGAUGACAAGGAUAUUAAGCUUAAAUGGGCUAGUGACUGUGACAGCAUGGAAUUCAAAUGAGGAGAUAGACAGAUGGGUCAGGGGAAAAAUUGAGAAUGUCCACUUGGGAGAGAUGAGGAUUCCUGUGCCACCACCCCGCUGACCAGAUGCUCUCGGGGUAUGCGAGAACACAUGGUCAGACGAGGAGAGAGCAGCAGGAGUAGCAGUGUUUUCAGUGGUAAUCCAUGUUUCCGUCAGCGCCAAGAAGUUGAGGGACUGGAGGGUAGCAUAGGCUGGGAUGAAGUCUGCCUUGUUGGCAGCAGAACGGCAGUUCCAGAGGCUGCCUGAGACCUGGAACUCCACGUGGGUCGUGCGUGCAGGGACCACCAGGUUAGAGAGGCAGCAGCCACGCAGUGUGAGGCGUUUGUGUAGCCUGUGCGGAGAGGAGAGAACAGGGAUAGGCAGAGGCAUAGUUGACAGGCUGCAGCAGAUGGCUACAAUAAUGUAGAGGAGAUCGGAAUAAAAUGAACUAAACAUCUGGGAAAGGAGAGAGCGGGGCCUCCCUCACCACAACUCCCAAAUAUAACUCUCCCAACUUCCACCUCAGAAACUAUAAUUGUUGUAAACUACAGCGGUUCAAUGUUUUCUAGGAAUAGACUAACCUAGUUUAUUCAGCUAGCUAACUAGGUGCAGUAUUAUUCCGUGAAAAACGUCCGGGCACCUCGUCAUAAGACGCCACAGCCAGCUAGCAUGCCGGUCUCCAGCAGCAGGGUUUAGCGCCAAUACUCAGCCACAACAACCACCAGUGUAUCAACACACAAGCAGAUCGUUCGUGUCUGUGUCUAACGUUGUGGGUUAGUCCCGACAGCUUGAGCGAGUCCGUCGUCAACUUAUUCAGCCAGUUAGUUAGCUAGAAUAGUUAGCAAACUAGCUAGCCAUUGCUUUCAGACAAAGAAGAACCCCUCCUUUCACGGCACGAACACACAGAGAGAGCCAAACUAACGUUAACUAGUCACCCAUGUCCCGAAUUCCUUGAGCGACUCGGGCUAUCAAUAUGUAAAAAACAAAACACAAGUGUAGGUUAUGACUUACCCCUAGCAGCUACUGUUAGCUAGCAAAGUGCAAAGCCAGCCACUGAAUUGACUCAGCCAGUUCGCGUCUGUUCGCUCGGUCGUUCCAGCUAUUGUUUACAAGUAGCUAUCCAGGUUGCAACAAGCUUGCUAAUUUUCAAGCACAGUAGCCACUUGCUACCUAACGUUAACGGUUCAGACAAUGAGGUUAGAAAACAGCUGAAUGGUAGGCAGUUAUUGUAUGUAAUUAUUGUAGGCAGCCAGCUGGCGUAAUUACAGGCACUCUCAGGCGUGAAACAACUAUACCGUUGCUAAUAGCUACUCGCCAGCUAGUCCAGGUGGUGAGUUAGCUAGCUAGCUAGCUUCGUGCUACACCCGGCACCGCCAAAUACAAUACUAACCUACAAUAAUUACAUACAACAACUACCCACAACAACCCACGAUACCUACCUACAAUACCUAACUACAAUCUAAAUACAUAGUUUAAGCCUUACUCGACAAAGCCCAAGCUAUGUAUAAAGCCAAACUUACCCGACGCCAAGCUUACUUACUAGAUACGAAGGGUCAUUCUCAUCACUGUACAGUACUUUGCUCCGUUUUACAUUCUUUUGAACAAUACUCAAAUUCUCCUUGAUUCUACCAUCAUUGGAUUCAGAAUCUACUUCAUCGUCCGCUUCUGCCGUAUGUCUCUCUCUCCCCCCAGAGAGAUGGAGGAUUGCAUCAGAGUUGAAAAAAGACUGACUGCAAGGGGAGGUGAUGGACCUUAAAGAUAGAACGACAAUAGUAAGAGUCUAUAGAUAAGGAUACUAUAGAUAGAGAGGCCAGAGAGGUGAUGGAGAGAACAGAGAGCUAAUUGGCAGUGCACAGCCAUGCUUUGUGAUGAGUGAUAAUCAGGCCAGGCUGCAUGUGCAAUAAUCACACUGUGAGUGUGGCCGGCACCGCCGCCACGGUGAGGUAGAGAUGCCCUGAAGAUGGCCAGCCUUGCAUUAUUAAAACCCCUUUGCCUGUCUGUGUUAGAUUAAUUUGUAUUUUAAGAAUAAUGACUAAAGGAUUUCACCCCAAAUACAGUAUAAAUGUGUGAACGGUGUUAGAGUUAUAAUGUAGUGGCAACCCACUAACAGAGGGGGACGGGACUAAACAUUCCAGGGUGAAGGGGACUGAGAAAACGGGUUAAAAAAAGCCUCCUAAAGGUGGGUGGAGCAAAGUGCCUUUGUGUGUCAAGGGGUAUAAAACAGGAGUGUAUGGGUUUUGGCGCCAGAGCUCUCCAUGAAUAAAAAUACAGAUAAUUAUUGCUGGUUGUGGACCUUGAAUCAUUUAUGAUUAAAACCAGAGCCUUACAACCCCUGGUAAUGAUUCAAGCUUAGGUUGAAUUAGAGAUAGAAAUUCUCAUGACAAGUGGUCCUUCGAGCCGGAUCUUAAAAUACGUCUUUGUCGUUCUAAGGACACCGAAACCGUGCACGGGCGGGUGAUUGCAUCCGUGAAGAAUAGUCCUGGCCUUCGACGUUAAGGUUAUAAACAGGCCGGUGAUUAAUCUUAUGGACCAGCAGUGUCAUAAAGAUGUUAACGAGUUUGAAAAAGCAUUUAAAUCCAAACUGCAAGGAAAGGGUCAGUAAUUUUUAUUCAUGGAUUUUGGUGUAAUUAUUUGAACUUGUAUAAGAAUAGUAAUUAUUGUGAAGGGCAGAGAAUAGUUACCAAAAUCUCAAAGGAAAUAAUAAUUAUUAUAAUGGAGGAAGGGGGGUCUGGAAUUGACCCUAUGUAAAUAGCUAUUACCAAAAUAAUCUAGUUAAUAUUGAGAUUGUACGAGAUACAGUCUUUACAAUAUAAACAGGAAGGGAGAUAAUUAUCAUCGUGUAAGAUAGAUAAGUCAAAAGUCGCAUAGACAACUGGGGAUUUGCUCUAACUCUGUCUAUUUCAUGAAACUGGAGCAGUUACGACCUCUAGGUUACGGAUAGUGUUAGAAAUAAAUCAUAAAAUGUUGUGUACGUGUGAGACUUAAUGAUUCAUCGAAAUACGUGAUAAUUGUUUCAAGGAGGGACGAAAUAGAUCGCGUGAGAAAAAAUGGUUAUCUGACCCCUUUCAUGAAACCGGAGUAAAAAAAAAAAACUCUGGGUUAGAUAAUUUAAAUGGUUAAUUACAAAAGCAGAUCAUAACAUUGGCUCAAGAGACGCAUCUAAUAAUAACUCCUAGGAAAAUAAUUCUGGAUUGAAUUAUUACUAAACGGGGGGGAUUUCUUAUUUUUCCACCUUGGGAAAAAAAUAUUCUAAAGAGGUCCGAGAAUUAACGGGGGAUGAAAGAUAUAUGUUAGGAAGAGAUCGAAGAAAUAUGUUUUAUGGAUCCAUUUGGGAGAAGAGGUAUGGAUUUAUUGGGCAUCUCGAUGUGGAAAAGUUAGAAGUUAUGAUUAAGCAGAUGCAUGUAAACUGUGGAACGGAUUUGAAGAAACAGCGAGGGGAGGGGCUAGAGACAGCGAGGGUAUUUUGGAAGCGCGAAGGAGAGAGGAAGUGCUUUAACUGUAACAAAGAGGAAUAUUUGGCAAGGGAGUGUAAGGCCCCGUGUAAAUACUGUAACAGAACAGGUCAUAACCAUCGUGACUGCAGGGGUAAAGGAAAGGGCAGUGUCGGAGAUAGGACAGUCUAUUUUUUGGUUCAACGGGUAAAAUGUUUGAAGAAAUGAUUCGUGUCGAUUAAGAAUUGGCUAAAAACACCACGAAGCGAUUAUUUGAGAGGUACCUAUACAUUUCCAACGAUAUAUACGUAUGAACUUUCUCACCCAAACGUAGAUGUACGUCAUGAGUGAGAAAGUAGAGAAUAUUUACAUUUGCAUUUUUGGUCAUUUGGCAGACGCUCUGGUCCGGAGCGACUUGCAGGAGCAGUGGGGGUUGGGUGCCUUGCUCGGGGGCACAUCGGCAGGAUUAAGCAGAGUUCAGGCUAAAACCUGUCUCUCCUUUGCUAUCUUCUUGAUUGAUUACAGCAGGAGGGGGGGUUGUGUUAGGUUUGGAUUAUUUAAAUAUGGACUUGUCAUGUCCAACAAUCAGUCUUCAGGUCAAGCCCGGGAGAGCCGGGGUAAAACAGAGUUUGAACUAAACAUAAGUGUUUUUACAAGAUAAGAGAUUGAUUGAUUGGAUUACUAAUUGAUUCUGAACUGAAUGAAAGUCGAAUUUAGCCGCCAUAAAAGACAAAGGAAGUGUGAGGAGCAAUAAAGAAGCAAAAGACAGUCUCAAAAAUGAAAGGCAUGGCAAUUGGUUGAUAAAUUACCUAAGUGAUUGUUUAGGUAGGUGGUAAUAUUGACACAUGAGCAGAACUAUGUGUCAAGAGGGGGGAAGAGGCUAAUGAUAGGAUUAAAUAAUAUACGAAGGAGAGGAAAGAAAGAAAACAUUUUUUUUAGAUACAGUCUAGAAAGAGAAUGCAGUCAGAAAUUGUUAGAUUAAUCUGAACAUGUGUGAAGAUAGUUUAUUAACCACACCCGUAUGUCAGAGGUUUUGUACCCCACAGGUGAACUAAAGGAGAAGGUGACCCACUCUAUCUAACCAGGUGACUGGUGAGCAUCCAGUCCCUAAAGAAGAAAAACUGGAAGCAGGCCUGUUGGGAAGGGCCCUAUCAGGUUAUAUUGGUCACUGCCUUUGCCAUUAGAAUAGCAGAGAGAGUAACCUGGGUCCAUGUUACCCACUGCAAGAGGGUAAGACCACAUACAAGCACCACUGAACAGACACAGAGUUGGAGAGAAGAACUGAACCAAUAAGGUCCGGGGAUCACCUCUGUUAACGAAGAUCUCCUACCCCGACCUAUCAUCACUGUAGUGUGUUCUAAGGGUGUGAGUAUGGGGUGGUACCAAGCAGAAGGACUAAAGGCAGGAGAGGGUUGGCGGUUUUUGGGAAUAUGGGUGACCCUGAGCUGCAUCAUAGUCUCGGCAAUAGUCUUGGUAUGUCAAGAUCCACCACCACCUCGCACCAAUUACGCUAUGGCCUUACCAUUAUUAAGAAAUAAAAGGGAAGCGACCCGACAUACUGACCGUCAAGGGCGAGUGAUCUACAAAAUAGGAGUCAAGAGAAGGGUGGGGAGUAAGAUUCAAAAUUAGGAUUAGGGAUCUUAUCAGGGCAAAUAAGCAAGCAACGUGGGAUUAUAAGAUCCCAUUGUAUUUAUGUUCAGCUCCCUCUGCGGAUUGUUCCUGGGCUCAGGUAUUUAGACAUACUGGGGGACGGAGAUAUGAGACGGGGGGGGGGGGGGGGGGGGGGGGGGGGGUGCUGGACGUCCAGAUGGAGGAUAAGAAGGUAUAACGACAUCCCCUCGGAGAUGGUAGUAACAAUAGUAAAGGUCACUAAAGAGGACAUGAAAAGAACUUACUGGACUUGCGCGGACGAAUACGGAUGGGAUACUUGUCUAAGAUUACAUUUGAGGGAGUCAAAAGAUAUGGAGGGCACAGGUACUGUCAUUAAUCCAUUAAUAGCAAUAGACCGAGUAGAUCAGUCAAGGGAUGACGGAGUCAAUUCGACUAACCCGUCCACUGUGAAAGAUUUUCUCCUCCAAGAAUGGAACCAAGGGGAAGUGGAGGGGGUCCCUGAUGAGAAUCUCUGGUUAAAGUGGAUGAAGUACACCGCUAGGGCCUUGGGGGAGACCAAUUGUUAUGUAUGCUCCAUUGGGCGACCGACAAUGUUGACCGCCCCAAUGCCAAAGGCAAUGUUUCCCUGUGUAUUAGACCUAGGGUCCAAUCAAAAAGAGCCCAAUUUCACAGGGAUUGGGCUGGCAAAGUUGACUUACUCGGCCAGCCCACCUAGAUUCACUUUAACUCCUGGCGAAUACCAGUGUUACAGACAUAGAAAUGGCACCCGUAACUUGGGUGAUUUUGAUGGCUGUAAGGAGAUAAUUAAUGUGACUGAUUUAGAUAAGGAAGGGAGGGGAAAAAUUAUUAACCUUACCAUCCCUCUGACUGAUGUGUGGUGGGCAUGCACUAACAAAGGGAGCAUUCGACAGACAUUACCAGAAGGAUGGGUGGGUAUUGUUGGUCCAAACCUGUAAGAAUUAGUCAUCAAAGACCAGUGACAGGAAGAAUAAUCAGGAGGAGGAGAAAUAUAGGUCAGGAAGGAAAUAGCCCAAUUUGGAUAGAUGGUAUAGGCAUCCCCAGGGGUGUUCCAGACGAAUACAGAGCUAUGAAUCAAAUAUGGGAGGGUUUUACCACAACAUUUUUCUGGUGGGUGACAAUAAACAAGAAUGUGGAUUGGAUAAAUUAUAUCUAUUACAACCAACAACGAUUUAUUAACCAGACUAGAGAUGCAGUAAAGGGGAUCUCCGAGCAAUUAUCCGCCAUCCCGCUCAUAACUUAGUAGAGGUUGGUUCUAGAUCAGGCAGAAAGGGCCGGUGUCUAUAGAAUGAUAAGCCAUUGUUGCACAUUUAUCCCUAACAACACCACACUGGAUGGGACAGUCACCAGAGCUCUUACAGAAUUAACUGCACUAAGUGAAGAAUGAACUGAGAACUCAGAAGUUAGUACAUCGUGGAUAGGGUGGUUUGAUUAAAUGUUUGGUAAAUGGAAAACCAUAGCAGCCACCAUCUUAGGAGCGGUCAGUGUUUGUAUGGGUAUUCUUGUAUUAUGUGGUUGUGGUUUUGUUUCCUGUGUCCGAGGAUUGGUGAGUCAGGCGUUGGUGAAAUGCAGUAUCUAAACAAUGAUGAGAGAUGGACUGACUCCGCACUCUGAACAGGGGAAUGUGAAAAACGAUCCUCCAGGCUUGGUGGAUGACGAGGAUUUGGACCCUGAAAGACCGCAAUUGGAUGAAAUGUUUAUUAGUUCUGACGUAAUCUCUGAGAUUAAUCAUGCUUGUAAAAUACAUUCAUUCUGAAUGUGAAAACAUUUAGUCAAAGGGGUGGAUUGUUAGAUUAAUUUGUAUUUUAAGAAUAAUGACUAAAGGAUUUCACCCCAAAUACAGUAUAAAUGUGUGAACGGUGUUAGUUAUAAUGUAGUGGCAACCCACUAACAGAGGUGGGCGGGACUAAACAUUCCAGGGUGAAGGGGACUGAGAAAACGGGUUAAAAAAAGCCUCCUAAAGGUGGGCGGAGCAAAGUGCCUUUGUGUGUCAAGGGGUAUAAAACAGGAGUGUAUGGGUUUUGGCGCCAGAGCUCUCCAUGAAUAAAAAUACAGAUCAUUCUUGCUGGUUGUGGACCUUGCAUCAUUUAUGAUUAAAACCAGAGCCUUACAACCCCUGGUAAUGAUUCAAGCUUAGGUUGAAUUAGAGAUAGAAAUUCUCAUGACAGUCUGUCUGAUGCCUACCUUAUGCCUCUGCGCUUUGGCUAAUUAAUGGGCUUAGCUGCUCGCAUGGUGGGGGAAUUGUCUCGCUCUUCAUUAGGCUCUAAUUGAAUUUUCCCUAAUACACCUUAUAGAAGGUCACUGUGUUUGUCUGGCCCAAGGGCUGCAAGGGAGGUGGUGGUGCCCUUUCAUAGACACCUGCUUGCUAGAUAGUGAAGCCGUAUUCAUUGCUGCCUUUUAACAGAAAUUUAUGUCUAUUAAGCAGUUAACCACUUAUCUCAUUAAGUUGUGUGAAGGAAGGCUUUUUAGCAGCACCUGGGGGUGGCAUAACUGUUCCUUUUUGUCUGAGACUCAGUUGUCCUAACUUCUAUCCUUUUGUAUUUUUUCAGGAGCCUGAGCUGCUGUGUUUAUGCACGCGCUCAUGCAGGCCAUCUGUAGUCGAC